AUGUUUGUAGCUGCCAUUCUUCUGGGGGUCUACCUGACCGAGUCGACUCAUGCUCUCCCUCUCGAACCGUACGUCGACACGGCCUACCCUUACAAAGGUCCCAAGAUUCCCGUUGGAGACUGGGUCAACCAAUCGCCUAGUUUCUACUCGGUGGGAGGAUUUCCUCGUCUCACCGAACCUCCGGCGGUGCUUCCUCAUUCCCCCAACCCGACCAACAAUAUCAAUGUCAUUUCGAUGGCUUACAUGCCUAAUGGCAUGCAUAUACACUUCCAGACACCCUUUGGGAUUGGAGGUGAGCCUUGCGUCAAUUGGGGAACAUCGAUCGGGACUUUAGACCAAACCACCAAAGGUUGGACCAGGACCUACGAUCGUACCCCUUCAUGCAGCGAGGUCGAUGCCGUUACGCAGUGCUCCGAGUUCUUUCACGAAGUUUCCAUCACCGGUCUUCAACCUGCCACUCAAUACUUCUAUCAGAUCCCAGGAGGGAACGGCACCACACCUUCCCCCGUGAUGACAUUCACCACUGGUCUUCCAGCAGGUGACAAAACGUCAUUCUCCGUCGCUUACCUCAACGACAUGGGGUACACCAAUGCCAAAGGCACUCACGACCAACUUAUCCAAGCCGUAGCCGAAGGUGUAUCUUUCCUUCACUUUGGGGGCGACAUCUCGUACGCCGAUGAUUGGUACAGUGGUGUAUUACCCUGUGAUCCUACUUGGGAUCUUUGUUAUAACGGUACUGGGACCGUCCUUCCUGGACCGGCUCCCAUACCCGUUGAAUACGAUGAGGCUCUCCCCAAAGGCGAGAUCCCCAAUCAAGGUGGUCCCUUCGGAGGAGAUAUCAGUGUGGUUUAUGAAAGCAACUGGGACUUGUGGCAAAACUGGAUGGCCAUAAUCACUAAACAAGUUCCCCUCAUGAUCAUGCCGGGUAAUCAUGAAGCCGCAUGUGCCGAGUUCGAUGGCCCGAACAACGAGCUCUCCGCUCUGCUCGACAAUAACGUCGUCAACGGCACUCAAGCCAACUCAACCCUCAACUAUUACUCAUGUCCUCCCUCUCAACGUAACUUUACCGCAUAUAGCAACCGUUUCUACAUGCCUGGUGAUGAGACAGGCGGUCGUGGUAACAUGUGGUACAGCUUUGACUUUGGCUUGGCUCACUUUAUUGCCAUUGACGGAGAGACAGAUUUCCCGAGUAGCCCUGAAUGGCCGUUCGCAGCCGAUAUCAAGGGCAAUGAAACCCACCCCACACCUGAGCAGACGUACCCCACCGACUCAGGUCCUUUCGGCUAUAUCAACGGCAGCAUCAAAGAAGUCGAAUCUUACGAACAAUACCAGUGGCUCCAGUCCGACCUGGCUUCAGUUGACAGGAGCAAAACGCCCUGGGUAUUUGCAAUGAGUCACCGACCCAUGUAUUCGAGCCAGACGGCGACGUAUCAGGAAGAUGUGAGGAAUGCCUUUGAAGCCCUGUUGUUGCAGUACAAGGUGGAUGCUUACAUGUCUGGACACAUCCACUGGUACGAACGUCUCUACCCUCUGGGUCGCAACGGCACGCUCCACCCUGAACUCGUCAUUGACGAGAACACGUAUGUCACAGGUACUGGACAAGCCCUCGCACACAUGGUCAACGGUAUGGCCGGUAACAUCGAGUCGCACUCUAUCCUCUCACCCGGUCAGACAAAGCUAAACAUCACAAACGUGCUCAAUUACGAGAAUUUCGGUUAUUCCAAGUUGACGGUACACAAUGAAACCACGGCCACUUGGCAAUAUUACAUGGGUGAUAGUGGUAUCAUCGGUGAUACCCUCACUAUGGUCAAGGGACAAUGAAACAAUGGACAAAGAGACAAUAAAACAGAAGUUACGACUCGAAACAAGACAUACUGUAGAUAGAAGCUGGGAUAUAAUUCUGAAAGAUAGGUAAACACAUGGAAGUGCUUUUUGGUCC